UAAACACAAGAAUAUAGGUACGAAACGACAGUACCCUGGCGAGGAUGGCCCUAUGAUGUCGCCUCCGGCCGCCGGCUCUCACCUCUAGGAUCUUCCGAGUGACAAAAAUGGCAGACCUUAAAAGCUUACAAGUUUUCAUCUUAAUUUUGUGUUUAAGUGAGCUUAUGAUAAUUGGCUUGCUCAUAUUUAGCCAUGGUUUUCUUCUGACUAGACAAGUUAUUCUUGCGAAUUCUACCUGUGAGGAUUUUAAAGAGGAAGCAGCACCAACUGAAACUAAAGACGAUAAAGUGGCAAAAAGUAUCAAGGGAGAAAAAGAGGAAUGUAAGAUGCCUGCCACAUUCAAAAGAGCCAUUGUACUUUUAAUAGAUGCACUGAGAUAUGAUUUUGCGGCCUACAAUCACACUCUAAAGGAUGAGGAUGCCUUACCUUAUCAAAACCAAAUGCCAGUAUUCAGAAAUCUUCUCCACUCUAAACCAGAGCAAGCCCAUCUUGCCCCGUUCAUUGCUGAUGCUCCGACAACCACCAUGCAGCGACUCAAGGGCCUCACUACCGGCAGCCUACCUACCUUCAUUGACGCCAGUCACAAUUUUGCAAGUGAGGAAAUAUCAGAAGACAACAUAGUAGACCAGCUGGUGAGCCAUGGGAAGCGUUUAACUAUUCUUGGAGAUGACACGUGGGAAGGGUUAUUCCCAGGCAGGUUCAAGCGCUCAUUUCUGUACCCUUCUUUCAAUGUAAUGGAUCUUCACACUGUUGAUAAUGGUGUACUGAGUCAUCUGGAGCAAGAAAUGGCAAGAAAUGAUUGGGAUGUUCUCAUUGGUCACUUUCUUGGAGUUGAUCAUUGUGGCCAUCGUUAUGGUCCAAAUCAUCCAGAAAUGGCAGCCAAACUGAAGCAGAUGAAUGAUAUAAUAAAGAAAGUGGCUGAUGGUACUCAAAAUGACACACUUCUCAUUAUUUUUGGUGAUCAUGGAAUGACCAAAACAGGAGACCAUGGCGGAGACUCUCACGAUGAAACUGAGGCUGCGCUGUUCUUAUAUAGUCCAGCACUUAGCAUAGUGUCCCCUGAGUCUGAGCAUGGGCGUGCAUUGCCAAUUGCUCAAGUGGACCUGGUUCCCUCACUUGCUCUGGCACUUGGGGUGCCAAUACCUUAUUCUAAUUUGGGUAAAGUUAUGGAGAAUAUUUUGGUUACUCAAGGACAAAGUAAUGUAGAAGCUGAACAGCGGCAGGUGGUUGCUUUGGCACAGAAUGUUAAGCAAGUUAGCAGAUAUUUGAAAGAUUAUAAGGCUUUAGGAAAUGUAUUCCCACAUGAUCUGUGGCAGAGAAUAGAAUUGCUUCAGAACAAAAUGUUGCUUGGAUUUGAAAACCUCUCGCUAAGAGAACAGAAGAGUGUUUACAGCCAGUAUCUGACCCUUGCCAAAAUGAUGUGUGAGGAAGUGUGGGCAAAGUUCAGUGUAUCAGAAAUAUGCAGUGGCCUUAUUCUUAUGUUAAAUAGUUUAGUACUGGCAUCAGUUGUGUCCCACUGUAAGUUUAUCCUCAAGAACAAGAUUCCUGUUGUGAAGAGGGUUUUGUUUCUCACCGUUUUAGUUAACGGUCUUUUUGUUCUCAUUCCUUAUUCCAAUAUUUCGGUACUUGGCUGCGCUGCCAGUGUACUGAUAACAUUGUGGAUGUAUCUUCAUAGAGAAGUUUUGAGCACAGCUCAUCUUAAGUUUAGCACAAGUGACAUAUGUUCACUCUUGUUGGUGCUUUUCUUAUGUCUUGGAAGUUUCUCCAAUAGUUAUGUUGUUGUGGAAAAUUAUGUAGUAGCAUUUAUUCUGCUUUCUUGUUUAAUAAUUCAACUUAUUAUGCCACUUUUCAUAAAGAAUAAGAAAAGAGGCUUCAAUGUAUUUUCAGGGAAGAAUUUCAAAUUGGUACUGAAUUCUUAUUCUGUUUUGUGUGUCUUCAUCUUGUCAGUAGUAUUUUUCUCUGUGCGUUUAAGCGCAUGGUUCUGGAAGUGUCGAGAGGAGCAGACGUGGUGCACUCCAAGCCAGGUACACAUAACAAUGACAGGGCUGCCACAAGAGUCACGUAACUGGCGAUAUUUUACCAGCCUGUUUGCCUUAACUUUACUUGUGUGGUUACCUCGGCGUUGGCUCUUGAUGUGUGGUAACAUGAAUGGCUCUAGGGUAGGAAUCAUAUUGUACAAUUCUAUUCCAGUUGUUUGUGGGGUGCUUAUAGCAGCUCACUGGGCUCUACAAGCAGCACCCACUCUGCAGAACUCGAAUCUCAAUAAAUAUGUAGUAUUUCCUUCACGUAUAACAUACGCCCUUACUCUGAUGUAUGUGGCAGCGUUAUAUAUUGUACCUUUAUUCAUUUAUGAAGUGCCACCCUCAAAAAAUAAAACAAGUAUUCAGUCAGUGAUGGACAACCCAAGUGCUUUAAUACCACAGCUUUGUAAAACUUUAGUGGCAAAGUACAAUAUGGGUAAUAAGAAAAGUUGUAAUAUUCCCAUAGUGUAUGGGUUAGCCACAGCUGUGUCUGCCCCACUAGUGGCAGUGUUGACGGUGGUAUGGGUGGUGUUAGCGAUGGUGGCUGGCGACGGCCUCACUCCUGCCAUGGUGCUCCUGUUUGUCUCUGCCAUAGCGUGUCUUCUCAUCCAAGCUCUUACCUUAUGGCAGACUGCAGACAAAUUAAGUGUCAUUAUGAAGCCUUCAUGGUCUUGUACGUGUGUGUGGUUCAUCUUGAGUAUCCAUGGCUUCUACAGCACUGGACAUCAUCCCACAUUCCCGACCUUGCACUGGUCAGCAGCGUUUGUCGGGUUCGCAGGUGAAUGGAGGGGUACCAACCUUAUACCUGCACUCCUAGUUGGAUUAAACACCUUUUCUUCACAAAUAUUAUUUGGCUUUGCUCUACCACUUGUUGUAUUGGCGCCACUAGCUCUUGGAGUAAUAUUUCCAAAGCUGCGAGGAAACAGAUUAGAAAGUGAGGACAUAAAGCGUGGAGAAUUCCUCUUGGUAGAUGAGCCAGACCAAGCCGAAGAUGCCCUAAUAUUUGUUGGCCUGUCAUACACCCUUCUGCAUGCGGUAAAGUUAUUUUGCUCAGCAUUGGCAGCGUUCAUCCUACGGCGACACUUGAUGGUCUGGAAAAUUUUUGCACCACAUUUCAUAUUUGAAGGUGUUGGGUUUAUUGUCACAAUUAUUAGCGUGCUUACUGGCAUAUGGUUUACACAGAGGGUCUUGAGAGUGCUGACUUCUUGGAGUGAAACCCUUUAUCACAAAAUUAGUUGAUACGAAGCAAAGAAUCCAUCACCAUUUCUCCAGUUGUUUGAAAAUUUUCAGUCGAGAACUACAAAUUUUACAUAAUAGAAGUGAAUACAGAACAGGAAUAUGUAUAGUCGAGGGUAUGUUGAAGGUUACAAGUUAAGUGAUUACUUUGUUUGACUAAAUAGUUUUCUGUACAGUAUGCACAUAUUUUAUAUUUUUAAUAAAUUCAUUGUUAUACAGGUGCAGACGAGCUGUUCAUAAAAUGUUGACGCUAGAAAUGAAAUAAUAAAUUGUUAAUUUGUACCACAGUAUUGUGGCACUGCCAUAUCAAAAGAUACUCUAUAUAUAACUCAUUGAAUAAGAGCUUAAGUUUAAAGUGAUGUUUAUCAUAUGUACAAACACUUCAUAUGUAUAUUUUUAUUGUAAAUAAACGUACAGGACAAUAAAUGGUU